GAGGGAGGAAGGAAGGAAGGGACAGAAGAAUACAUGCAUACAACCAGCGAAACCGUCUUGUUAUGAGAUACGCAAGUACACGCACUUAGUGUUUUAAUUAUAUUUGUAUCACGUAUCGGCUACGAAUGACCGGAGUGUGGAUAAUCAGCAUUGAUUCCACGUUGUUUGCGAUUAACAUCGAGCAAUGCCAUAAAAAAGAUGUGCAUUUAUCCGAGUGGUUGUUCGUUUCUCGUUUGGUGUGCGAUCAAUACGUCACUUCAUCGCAAUGUGCUAAGUCGACCUGUUGUCUAACGAUGUUACUUAUCAUGGUGAUAAUAUUCAUCGAUCGAACGUAUCAUCAAUUUAAUUAUCAUAACAAAUAGUAAAAAUCGGUAUAAUUUGUCAUUUUGUUAUUAUCGUAAAGUGUACGACAGUAACAACGACAGAGUAGUGUCAGUGGUGUCGGUGGUAGUGACAGUGGCGACGACAGUGGCGGUGACUGUGACGGCGGCGACAGCGACAGUGGUGGUAGAAAUAGCUGUAGCCUGUAGCGGUGGCGGUGGCGGUCGAAUGGCGGUCGCGGUGGCGAUCGCGAUAGCGACUAUAGCGACGGUAGUAACGAUAAUAUCAAAGACAGUGACGAUAGAAACAACGGCAGUGAUAUGCAUCAGCUGAGAGGAUAUAUCGUAUUAAAAUAACACGAAAGAUGGAAAAAUAUGCGAACGAGAUCAAUAAAAGAUAGAAAGAGAAAAAAAUGAAUCGUGAUUAACCGCCACUUGGGUGUUUAUGAAGAAAACUGGUAAAUAAAUAAAGUGUAAUAAACGGAGAAUUAUAAUAAAAAAAGGGGUCUCAAUUUAUACGUUGGUUAACACAGUGGUGAUACAUCAUUAUAAAUAUAUAUAUGUAUAUAUAUAUAUCAGUAUAAUUCAGUUGUUCAAGCAGAAACGAAAUUAUCAUGUGCAUGGAAGCGACGUUGCAAUGGACAAUAGAUUGUGGAUAAUAGAUAGUUGAGAAUCCGUUGUGUUGAAUAUAAUAUUACAUCAAAGGGUAACAGACUUCGAAAACAUAGAUACAGGUUAAGUUUAUACCCAUCUCGCGUGCCAAAAAAGAAGCAAUGAGAAUACUUCAUAUCUUUGCUUACUAGCGUUGUUUUUCCGCUUGUAUACGUGAGUUAAAUGAACAAUAACGUUGAAUUAAGUGAUUACAAAGUGAGUGAAUGUGGGUUUCAAUGCGUUGGUAGGUGUUGAGAUACACCUAUAUUAUAAAUCAUAUAAAAUAGUGUGGUAUGUCAGAAGUACUCUCAGAUAUUUCGUACAACGACCGAACCUGCUAUAUUCUUGAAUCUUAGCACACGCGAUACAAAUAAUGGAGACGCUAUUACCCGGUAAUACGAACAAUCAAUCCUACAGUCCACAACUUAAGACAGUCUUAAAGACAUAUCAGCUAUCCGCUGUAAAAAGCUUACAGGGUCCGAGUUCGGCCCUGCUUGGUAUGGACUGCAAGAGUUUAUUGCAAGAACAGACAUCUUGUUACUCCCCUUCAACACGUUCGAAUAAUUGUGUCCUUGAUUCAGCAUCAGAACAGACAUCGGUGAAAGAUAUCGAAAAGAAUAAUAAUCCAUCGAUAACACCAAUUAUCCCGUGUAAAGUUCGGAGAACUGAUCAACCGCUGGAAGAUUCAGACGAGGACCCUCAACUAGAGCGACCAAAACCCAUUUGUGAAAAAAGAGAAUUGGAAUUUCAAAUACCUAUUUUAACUGCACCCGACCAAAGUUGUUCCGAAAGAUGCGAGACAAUUUUAGAAGGCGAACGAAUAUCUUGUUUUGUUGUAGGAGGUGAAAGGAGGUUAUGUUUACCACAGAUCUUGAACACAGUUUUACAAGAGUUUUCGCUACAACAAAUCAAUCAGGUUUGCGACGAAUUGCAAAUAUAUUGUUCACGAUGUACACGAGAUCAGUUAGAGGAACUUAAGCAUUCAGGAAUUUUACCACGUAAUGCUCCUUCCUGUGGCCUUAUCACCCAAACAGAUGCCGAAAGGCUUGUCAGUGCUUUACUUUUACGGACAGAAUCGUGCGAUCCUCCUCAAAUCAGCCAAAAUCAGGAUAAUGAAAAAAAAAUGUUAAGUAAAAAUGAUAGCAAUGAGGAAUCUAUCAUCAAAUUUAAAGUGUACCAUGAGUGUUUUGGUAAAUGUAAAGGUAUAUUUGAUGCAAACUUGUUUGAGUCUGAUAAUUCUGUGUGCAUCGAGUGUAUUGAAUGUGGCUGCCAAUUCUCGCCGCAACGGUUUGUGAGACAUGCUCAUAGAUCUCUUGAAAAUCGUACCUGUCAUUGGGGCUUUGAUUCUGCAAACUGGCGAUCUUAUUUGUUACUUUCAAGAGAUCAAGAACAUUACAACAAGUCCCUUACUUUAUUUCGAGAAUUAAAAGAAAAACAUCAUACAUUGAGUUCUAAAAGAAAAUCAGAGUUGCGGCAUGAUACAGAAAAAUUAACUAAGCGAAUUAGAAAGGAUCUAGGAAGAGAUGAUUGUCCUGGAAUUUAUAAUGGAAAUGGCUUAGGCAUGUAUCAUCCUGUAUCUCAGGUAGCUAAUGCAACUGAUCCAUAUCUGCAAAUGCAAUGGGCAGUUUUUGAGUUAGCAGCUAGAGGAGCAUCAGCUUUUAGACCUUGGAAUACUACAAAUCCUUGCAAGCAUAAAGAUAGUUCAUCAUUGGUGCCUGCAUACCUUAGUAGAGGUCCACCUAUAUUGCAACACCCAGAGCGUGUGGUUCCUCUUUCUGAGUGUAAACGUUUUGAACCACACUUUCAACCAAAUGUAGCCUUAGCACCUAUACCUGCACCAUCAGUGCCUGUAGUACUUCCACCGUCUGCUCAUCAUCAACGACGACACCAUCAUGAACAGAAACGUUAUAAUCAUCAUCUAUCAAGCCCUAACGAGAAAAAAGAAGUUUCGUCAGAUAGUGUGAAACUUGAAAAAACAUCUCCUAGUUCUGGUUCUGGUAUUGGCACUUAUCCUGCAUUCCCUGCGUAUGCGCCUGGAAGCGAUAAGAAAGAAUUGCCUCAGAAAAGUAAACAGGAAAUUGGCGAAGAAGAAGAAAGUAGUGCUGCUGUAACAUCUUCCACGAUAAAUGUAGAACCACCGUCAACUGAAAUUGGAACUUCUUCCUUAGAAAGCGAUUCCGAUUCAGAAGGAACAGCGGCAAUGGAUUUGGAAGAAAGAUUAUUAGCUUUGGAGGUACCACAAGAUGUUCUAGAAUUGGCACGACGUAUAGUUUCAGAGAAUGUACAAUUACGACGUCAUCGACGUUCGGAUGCACGUGAAAUAUCUCGAUUGCGUAAUCAAUUGCAAAUACAGCAAACACAAUCAUCAAAUGGUGAUGAUAAGAAAGAAGAACCGGCAAAUGCAAGUAUAGCAGAUAGUACAGAAGGUAGCGAAGAAACGGAAGCUACAGUACCAUCAAAUAACAAAGAGUCUGAAUCUGUUGUUUUAGCAGUUAGUAAAGAGUAAAAUCAAUGACUAGAAUUUUUUAAUUAUUUAAUACAAAACUGCUCAGCAAUUUUUUGCAACGCUCAUCUUUUGGCUAGAUAAGCGUGCAUUAAAUUUAGUACUAGCUAUAAUAAUGAUAAAUUCUAAAUGAGUAAAAACUGUUUAGGUUAUGUGAUAUAUAGAGAGCCUUUAACGUUGUAACAGUUAAUUUGAAAUUGUAAUUGUAAUCAUAUUUCAUUGUGUCGAUUUUAAUUAAAAUCAAAUGUAGAUAUUGUAAUAUAUGAGAAAGGAAAAUAAGUUAACCAAAAUUUAUCACAUCAUUUAAUGAUUAUACUUAAUGGUCAUUGCAUAAGUUUCUCAUGCAUAUUAAAUAUGCAUAUGUGUGUCACAAAGAUUUUUAUGAUCAUUUGUUUAAUUGUAAAAUUAAACAAAGAUCGGAAAAUAAGAGAUUAAAUUGCUUUUCAUUUACUUUUUUUUAUAGUCAUGAUUGCAUAAUGUAAAUAUGUCAAGUAUCAUAGAUGUAUGAUUAUAUUAAUAAUAUUGUCAUGCAAAAUAUUGCUAAAGUACAAAAAACCUUUAGGUGCUAUAUUGUUAUAUUAGAAAUGUUUUAAGCAUAAAUCUAGGUGUAUUUCAACAGUUCGUACUAUCGUAAUGUCAAGAUCUUGAUUAAAUUUUAGUUAUCUUUAUAGUGUUGAAUAAAGGUGAAAUGUUAUAUUUCACUAAUAAACUGAAUUUGAAUGAUUAUUUAUAAAUAAAGUAAGUUAACUAUUUAAACAUUUGGAAAUUGUAAAAUUAUUAUUAUUCAAGUGAUAUUAGUGUAAAUCGUGAAACUUUAACUUAUAUAAACAAUUGAUAAUUUUUUAUACGUUGAUUAAUUUCUUAAUGAUUUUGUAACAGCAAAAUUAAUUCCGAUUCCUUAAACAUAGAUUUAUCAUAUUAUGAACCAAUUGAAUUAAAAAUGAAGUGAACAUUAUUUUAACAAAAAUACGAAAAAUCGCACUACGAUCUUAUUUUUGGUUCUUUAUUCUUACAUUGUAUAAUAUCCCCUGGUAAUAACCAUUUUAUUAACGAUCUUUAUUUUUAAUAAAAGUAUUAAUAUGAGAUACUAUAGCAACUAUUGAUAUUUAUUUGAAACAUUGUAUUAACAUAUCGUUUUAGUUGCAUUUAAAAUUUGAAAAAAGUUCAGUCUUAUAAGUUUUAAAACUUCAAAUGUGAUUUAUUAACUUGAUCAUGUGAUAAAACUUGAUCAGUAUUUAAAGGGGGUUCUAAAACAAAAUUAUAAAUACAAUUCUGACGUUCAUCGAAUACCAUUCUUAAUUUUUGCUCAUUAUUGUUGAAAGAUACAUGCAAUAAAAGAAGAGAAUACAAUUUUUCAAGCAUACUUUUGAAAUUAAUACUGACUUAGAGAUAUACCUAGAUAAGCACUAAACGUUUAAGAAUGAAAAAAAAAAA